AUCUCUUCAUGACCAAACCUUCCUUCUCUACCAACAACAACAACAAUGGCGUUAACUCCAACUCCUUCAACACUCACUUCUCUUUUAAACAUCUCCGAUCAUCAUCCUUCCUCUCCCUCUAUUCAUUUUCUUCUUCCUCAUGGAUCAUCAUCAUCUCCUCCUUCUCCCUUCUCCCUCCACUUAUCCGCGCUGAACAGAACUCCGAUCUGCUUUGAGGCACUCAAGGUUCUGUCGAGAUCCAAGUGUUUUGCGAAAUCUCCCACAACCGCAGAAGAUUUCGUCGGGGAUUAUGAUUCUUUAAACGUUAGCGACGAAGACCACGAUGGUAGCAGCGGUGGUAACGGAACAGAGGAUACAAAGAAGAUCGUUUCUUCUUCUUCUUCUUCUUCUUCGUCAAGUGAUUCUACUUCUCUGGGGAUUCGUGAGCCUGUUUACGAGGUUGUUGAAGUGAAGGCGACGGGAGCAGUAUCUACAAGGAAGAUUAGCAGACGACAGCUUCUCAAGUCCAGUGGUCUUCGGCCAAGAGAUAUCCGAAGCGUUGAUCCUUCUUUGUUUAUGACUAACUCAGUGCCAUCUCUACUGGUCCGUGAACAUGCAAUUCUCCUUAAUUUGGGAUCUCUGCGAGCAAUAGCAAUGCGAGACCGUGUCCUUAUAUUUGAUUACAACCGGAGAGGAGGAAGGGCUUUUGUUGAUACAUUGAUGCCUCGGAUCAACCCAAGGAGUAUGAAUGGUGGACCCUCUAUGCCUUUUGAACUCGAGGUUGUUGAAUCGGCGCUAAUCUCAAGGAUACAGCGGUUAGAGCAGAGGCUUAUGGAUAUAGAACCCCGUGUCCAAGUUCUUCUUGAGGUUUUGCCCAACCGCUUAACUGCUGAUAUAUUGGAGGAACUUCGUAUCAGCAAGCAAAGACUGGUUGAAUUGGGAUCAAGAGCUGGAGCUCUUAGACAAAUGCUUCUUGAUCUCUUAGAGGAUCCACAUGAAAUACGCCGCAUAUGCAUCAUGGGAAGAAACUGCACACUUAAAAGAGGAAACGACGAUAUGGAGUGUUCAUUGCCCUCAGAUAAGCAGAUUGCUGACGAAGAAGAGGAGGAAAUUGAAAUGCUCUUGGAGAACUAUUUGCAAAGAUGCGAGUCAUGCCAUGGACAAGCAGAAAGGCUUCUGGAUUCUGCAAAGGAAAUGGAAGACUCAAUUGCUGUCAAUCUAAGUUCUCGGAGGCUUGAAGUUAGCAGAUUCGAACUGCUUCUUCAGGUCGGAACGUUUUGUGUUGCAGCUGGUGCUCUCAUCGCAGGUACAUUUCCAAAAUGUUUAUGAUUUGCAUACGUUUUCUCUCUUUUCUUUGGACUUCUAUAUAUCUACUUCUUGAAUUUUAACUACAAAUAACCGUUUGCUCUAUGAAAAAUAA